UUUUAUUUUUCUUUAAAGUUGUUUUUAAUGCACGAAAGUAUAAAACGAAUAUUUGAUGGAAUUCUACUCUUCAGGAAAUUUAAACGUCCAGCAAUGAUUAAAGAAUUUGAACGAGUUCGUGACCAUCCCGACCCCCGAGCAGUUUUGUUUACGUGUAUGGACUCGAGAUUGCAGCCAUCCAAGUUUAUGCAGGCCCGUAUAGGGGACCUUUUUGUUGUCAGAAAUUCAGCGAAUAUGGUGCCCCUUGCACGGAACUUUGGAGGAACUGCAUCAGAGGUCUCAGUUACAACAGAACCAGCUGCUCUUGAAUUGGCAAUAAAGCGUGGAAAUGUCUGUCAAGUACUUGUUUGUGGCCAUUCAGACUGUAAGGCAAUAAAUACCCUUUAUCAACUCUAUAAUGGAAGGGCUUUUGACCCCGAAUCUCCUAUGGACCAUUGGUUAAGGCAUAAUGGCCAUUUGAGCAUCCAAAAGCUUGAUAAACUUGUUAAAAGUGGAGAGAGUUGUAAAAAAUUGGAAUUUGCUUCCGAAAAUGGGUUGAUGAGAUUUACUGCCCAAAUCGAUCCAGAAAAUAAUUAUGGCGUUGAAGACAAAUUAUCACAAAUAAACACUUUACAACAACUAACAAAUAUAGCUUCACACGAAUUUUUACGAGAACAUAUAGAGAAGAGGCUUGUUGGUCUACAAGCAUUUUGGCUAGAUAUAUUUACUGGAGAACUUUAUUUUUUCUCAAAGCGUCAAGAACGUUUUGUAGCUAUUGAUGAGGAUAACGCUUCUUCCCUGUUAAAGGAAGCUUUGUGUUCUGUUGAUGAUUAA